UUUUAAGAUCCAAGAUCAUUGAACAAACAUCAACCAUGGUUGGGUGGAAAGUUCGACAGAUGACAAGACGAUUUACAUCGUUAGAUGUAUUAAAUUGACUUUGAAUUUAAUUUCAUAUUUUUUAAAAAUCUACAUAAAUAUUGAAGAAAAUUUCUGAAAAUAUGGGAUUGAACCCAGAUGCCUUGGGUUCUUUUGAACAAGUGUGCCCACUGGAGUGAUUAUGUUUUAAUAUAUAAUAAAGAACAUUCUGAAAUAAGCUUUCAAAACAUGCGCCAACACCAUACUACCCCUUAAGCAAUUGUGAUGCUAACGCCAUAUCUAUAGAAUUGUAAUCUGCAAAAAGUUUUUGUUUUGAUAUUUGACAAAUCAAAAAUCAAAUUUAUGUAACGAAAAUCAAUUAAAAUUCAGUACUUCAUUAAUUACAUUUAACAAUUUCUUUAUUUAUACUUUUCACUGGUAUAUUAUUAUCCAAAAUCAUACAAAUAAAUCCACAACACUUACAAUAGUAUUCCAAAUACUCAUUUUUAUAUGCAAAUUUAACGACAAAGUUCUUUAAGAAAUUUCAUGUUGACAGCAUCAGCUAAAAAUAAAUUAUCGUUUAUUGACCCGAUUUGACAUUGUCAUAAAAAAAUUAUUGUUUAAAAGUUUCAUUUUUUCAUAACAAAAUUUCAUAUUUCUUGUUCGUAAUCGACAUUUCUAUAUGUACUUUAAAACAAUAAGUUUUUUUGAUUUGAAUGACAAAUUGGGUUCCGGAUAUUUCUUAUUCUUACUGGGAAAUUAAAGGUAAUAUAAUUCUGCAUAUAACGUCUGUUUUUUUAUUUGUCACCAAUUGUUUAUUAAAUCUUUAAACUUUAAAUUUUAUCAAAUUAAAAUUUAACAUUUUUUUACCUUAAUGUUACUGUAAUUUUAGUAAUAUUACAAAGUCAUUAGGAUUUCUCUUGAACGAAUAUGGAUCCCCUGAAGACAACUAUGACCCGAUGCCCACAAGGAAUGUAUGUUGAAUAGUAAGUAUUUCUAAAUACAUUAUUAGAUUCAAACAAGUUGUACAGCUAGACUUCUAUUACCUCGACAAUUUUGAGUAGUGAAAUAUAUGUAUAAAUACAUUAUGCCAAAAUAUACGCGUUUACUCCAAAGUACAUAAAAUAUGUUUACCAUUAUUUUCUUUAAUAUUCAUUUUAAAUGAUUCGAGACUACAAAAGAAACUUCUCGUCUACCAUGUGAACGCUUUGUCACGAAAGUGUAUUUUAAUUUAUUUUGAUAUCUGUAUAAUAGCAUUAACAAUACUACACUGAAACACAACGAUUAAUUUUGUAGGACAUUUAAGAGUUAGACAAAAAGUAACUUCGCAUUUAGUUCUUCUCUGUUAUACAGAAUAUUUCUUGAAUAAAUAACUAGGAAUUGGGAACAUCAACUGUCAUUAUUUUACAUUAUCACCAACAUGAUGCCGCGAAAAAUUCUUAAAGCAAAAAAAUCAAACAACUUAGCUAAAACACUCGAAUAUCAAAGGAAACAACAACUCUAUAAAGACUUUUAUAAUUUGCAAUACGAUAUUAAGAGUAAAGGCGAAAAUAAUGAAAAAGUCUACAGUAAUGAUGACAAAGAUAUAAGAAACACAUCCGAUGAAAAAAGUAAUAAUAACACAGAUAGCGACAGUGACAAUGCUGAUGUUGAUAGUGAUAUAUGUAAUACUACUGAUGAUGAUAAUGUCAAUGACAUAUUUCGUCACGUAAACCAAAAUCAAGAAACACUGAUGCAAAAUUUGGAAGUAUUGCAACGUUUCGUUACAACUCAAAUCAAGAUUCCCAAUGAUAGCACUCCAGAAUUACAGUUUACAAAGGAUGAAAUUUUACACGAGUUUCCUUACAUGGCACCGCUUUUAAAAAAUGGGAUUUUUGAAACUUUAUCGGCUAAAAAACCAUCACGCCUAUUUGUUUCGAUUCAUCGCCGCAAAACUACAUCACGAUACAUUCUGAAUAUUGCAAAAAUUUUCCAACUACAUCAAUUAGAGUAUGUGGCUUUAGAUUCGUUGUCUUUUACGAAACUUAUCUCCACUCAACAACAGCAAUCUCAGUACGAUCAUAGCGGUGUUGUUUUUAUUCAUAUCAUGCUAGUCUAUGUACUGUAUGCAUUGUUUUGUAACAAGUUUAAAAUUUUUGGCGUCAUUGAGUGUGAGAACGCAUUUGCAGGCCAACAAUUGCGACAACAAAUUAAAAUUCAUUAUCCGAUGCUGUCACAAAUUAUCGAAAGUUACAUCUACUUUAUGUAGCACCUAACGCAAGCGUUGCCUAUAGGUCUCUUCAUCACUCACCGGGAUCAUUAUCUCCUCCGGGUAUGGUAAGCAGGACCCUAAGUUAAAAAUGUCUUUUAAAAUUUGAAUAAGUAAAUUAUAAGCUCGGUUAAUCAGACCAAUGAUAAGAAAAGGACAUCAAACGACUCUCUAUACUUCCAAAUAUAUACUUUCCCUACACAUGACAAAUUUCAUAGAGUAAGUGAAACACUUCGUUACACUCUAAGUUCAGGACACAUAAGUCGAUAACAAUAUAAAAGGGAAAUCUCUCUUUAAUAUUUAAACCACAUGCCGUUGUAUAGUUGAUAUAAAUUUCUACUCGUUAUCACAAUUAAUUAAUGUUGUUAAUUUGAACAAUGAUUGUUAACUAAAUGUCAAUCUUUCGACGUCUUAGAUGUUUGGCAGUAAUUUAAUUGUUAUAACACAAAUGUUUAAUAGUAAUUUAAUUGUUAUAAUUUUCCAUAUUCUACUCCAGCACUC